AUGAAUGUCACGUACUUGGCCACAAGUGAAUUGCCUCCGCUGGCGAUUCCAUCGGAUUCAACGAACUCUCAGCUGCCCCCCUGGCCAAAUUUUGAGGGGCGCAUUUUGAAGCAGACGGUGAAUACCGUCUGCUUGGACUGGACUCUGUUGGAUGAUGCGACCGUCUACAGCAUUGAAAAGUAUCACAGACGUCAUGGCUGGCAGCAGGUGCUCUGGAGCAGCAGCAGUCCCCAAGUCAUUAGCCAGCUGGAGGAGAACUUUGGCCAUCGACUGCGCAUCAAAGCGUUGCAGCAACAUAAGGAUGCCACCCACUACGAGACGUUGGCCAUCUCAAAGGAUAUCAUUGCAUGCACCGAGGCUGCGUUGCCGUCGACAAACUGUUUGCAUCGCGCCAUUCGCAAAUCGCAGCAAUUUCUGGUGAAGCGCAUGUUGCGUCGUCGUCCCAGUCUGGUCGACUAUCCCGGUCCUAAUGGCUAUUUACCAUUGGCCAAUGCAAUUAUUCAGGGCGAGAUGUGCAUAAUCGAUGUGCUGCUCUCCGCCGGCUGCAGUGUCCAUCAGGGCAAUCCACAGAAUGGAAGAACACCACUACAUCUGGCCUUUUAUUGUGGCCAUCUGCCCUCGGCCCGCAUCCUGCUGAACAAGAAGGCCCAACUGGAUGCUAGGGAUUGCAAUGGGAUGACUCCCGCGCACUGUGCCGUGGAUGCCAAUCAACUGGAAAUGGUGAAGUUUGCCCUCGAAUCGGGCGCCAAUGUGGAGGCGAGAGAUGCCUGCGAGUGGACGCUCCUGAUGCGAGCAGUGGUCAUGGAUGCCGGUCUGGAGCUUAUCAAGCUUCUGGUUACACACGGCGCCGACUUGUCGGCUUUGGAUGGGCUCGGCAAAAGCUGCAGCGGUUUAGCCAAACUUUAUCGACGACAGCAGGCCAGGGAUUAUUUUGACAAGGUGCACACGUUUCGACAAGAAAAGGCGGCAGCGGCAGCAGCAGCAGCAGCAAAAGGAGCAGGAGAAACAACAACAAAAACCGUAGAAACUUUGGCAAACGAAAUACAAAAACAACCACAAGCCAGCCGCCAAAAGGAUUAAAUGCACCGAGUCGCCUAAUAGGAUGGAAUUUCUCCAUACACCAGACUUAUCAACAACAACAACAAUAUUCUUCCAUGAGACCAAAUGUAGCCAUCCAGACGCUGACUUCCAAGCAAUGAAUUUGACGCCAAGGCAAACCUAUGCCAUCGAAUCGGCAGCCUUACAUAAUCCAAAUUUUGAUGUGUUUGUCCUGUUUACAUUUCCCUCAUAUCGUGCUGUACGCGGUGUCGAGAGAUCGCUCAUCAAUGCCAUCAAGAACUAGGAUUAUGUUUAUCUGCGGCAGUUGAACCAGUCGACUUUUGCAGCAGGAACUCCAGUCGGGGAUUGGAUCAAAGAAGAUCAUCUUCUUAAGUCACAGUCACAGAAGAAAUAUUUUAAUUGUUAUUUCUUAUAGAAAUUUAUUUGAAGUCACCCUCACUCAGCUAUCUAGUGCAACACACUUCCGAUCUACUCCGUACACAAGGGAAAAGACUAAAGACUCUUACUUGGUUCACUUAUGGAAUAAAUUGUCCUUCGGGGUCCUUAUUUAAUUGUAUCUGUACCCAUGUAAAACGAUAAGUAAAAUUAUUAAAAAGAAAUCGAAAUUA